AUUUUAUUAAUGAGUAAUGCAUUUAAGUCUGCAGCUGGAAAUACAUUAUCAAAGAAUGAUUUAGCCUAAACUAAUUAGAGUUUUGCAGGAUCUCAAAACCCUGCAUCAUUAAAAGGAAAGCUUAUGAGUUUAGAAGUAAAUUGAUUAUCUUAUUUAAGGAAACAAUCAAAGGAAUCUAAGAUGAAAUGAAUUUUCAUAAAAAGGAAGUUCAAAUCCUUAAAUCUGAAAAAGAUACUCUUGAAUCUGUGUUGAGUAUGAAAACUCAGGAUGUCAAGAAAACACUCACUAAUGAACUUAUGAGAAUAGAGGAGGAAAUGAAAAGGUAUACUAUUGUUUCUUUAAUUUUAGACAUUUCGCACAUCAAAAAGCUGAGAAUUCGAGAUUAUAAUAAUAAAUCACUGCCUUAAAAGGUGAGAAAACUGCACUUUAAUAAUAAUUACUUGGUCUCUAAAGGAGAAUUGCAGAAUUAGAACUCUAAGUAGGCUAAGAAUAAGCUUGAAUAUUAUGACAAAUCAAAUAUCAU